CCCAGCUGCGCAUGGUAGCUUCUGGCUAAGGCGGAUAUAGCAGUUUCAUUCAGGAAAAAACAGUGAGGGGGAGUUUUGGUUAAACAUAUAUAAAGUACAUAUUAGUAUAAAGGUCGCAUCGGUCUUGCUUCAUGUCAUUCUCUUUUAAUAUUCAGUAAUGCGCACUUUGGCAUUCCUGGGCCUGUUCGUACUGACGACGUUUUCACAGUCGGCAAAAAAAGAUGAAGAUGAGGAAUGGGUGCAUCUGCCGGAUAAAUGCGAGGUGUGCAAGUAUGUGUCAGUGGAGAUGAAGUCUGCCUUUGAAGAAACGGGGAAAACCAAAGAAGUGAUUGACACAAAGUAUCGUUUUUUGGAUGAAAAGGGGACUCCAAUAAAAUAUGUCAAAUCUGACAUCCGAUUCAUCGAAGUCAUAGAGUCCAUUUGCCAGAGGCUGAUGGAGUAUAAUUUGCACAAGGAAAGGCAAGGAAGCAACCGUUUUGCUAAGGGAAUGUCAGAGACUUUCACAACGCUGCACAACCUGGUCCACAAAGGGGUGAAGGUGGUGAUGGAUAUCCCGUACGAGCUGUGGAAUGAGACCUCUGCAGAAGUGGCAGACCUUAAAAAACAGUGCGAUGUGAUGGUGGAGCAGUACGAGGAUGUCAUUGAGGAGUGGUACCGACACCAUCAGGAUGAAGACCUCACUACCUACCUGUGUGAGAAACACGUGCUAAAAGGCCAGGACACAGGCUGCCUGAAAGAAGUCUGGAUUGGGAAAAGGGGCGAAACUGCCGCCAUUGAUGAGAAAAAGAAGAAGAAGAAGAAAAAGGGUGAGGGAGAGGCAGGAAAGCAGAAGAAGAAGACGAAAAAGAAGAAGAGCAAGCUGCCGGAUGAGCAUGAACAGGGAAGGGACAGGGACGAGUUCACAUCUGAUGAAGAUAUCCAGAAGAAAAGCCCACUGCCCAGAGAGAAGAGUGAGCUGUGAUGCGUCCUAUAGCACGGGCCUAUUGUGUGUAAAGAGUUUGAAAUAUUCCUGGACUUCACAGAGACAUCUGAAAGGCAGAGUGAGGAUUCCAGAUAUACACCUUUCAAGCCCUGAUGCUGUUAGCAUUGGCAGCUUGUUAAACAUGCUGUCCCUUAUCUAGUAAUAUGUUGGCUGAUAUGCAAGGACAUGAUUGUAGUAUGUCUUCUGGUGAAGGCUGUAAUAAUGACUUUGACGGUGCACAGAAGAGAUGCCCCAUGGCUAAUAUGCAGUGUCUUGAGCUAGACUGAAGGCUCUUUGAAACUGGUUUCACAUCUGAAAAAGUCCUUAGCCCUGAGAUGCACUGCAAGCCCAACACAAAGUGAGCAGCAAUAGUAAAAGCAUUGUUAUUAACACCCCCCUUUUCUGUCCAGAGCACAGAUAGGAACUAUUUUAAAACUGAAGCUAGGAACACUUUUAAAAUUCCUGAAUCUGGACAACUUUUCAUAUGACUAAUAAAGAGAAUCAGAUUGGAGUACUGUGCUCCCUUGUACUGUACCUGAUGACCCUGUGUUCUAUACAGUAGGAACACUAGAAACAUGCUGACAAAACCCAGAUUAGUCCUGGAACCCUAUCAGCUCCCCAUCAGUCUAAAAUCCAAGCCGCACCUUUUUGGUAAAAACAUCCUUACGUUGCUUAAAUUAUACUGAGAUGAUGACAGUGGUAUGCUGCUUGCAUUGCGCAGUGGAAUGUAGAUGGAAUUUCACAUGCUGCUGUGCUAGCUGAUAGCUCAUUUUGAAAUGGUAAUAAAUAACAGGACUUGACUAAGAGCUAAUUGUAAAAAAAAUUGGAAAUUGAGGAGCCAGAAGAAUAAUUCAAAAGAAGCUGUAACACUUUUUCUUUAUCUGGCACUUUUUAAAGGUAAUUAACUUUUAGACAUUAUAACCUCUCUGUCAAAUUGAUUUGUUUUAUUAUGCUGUGAUUUAUCCACUCCCUUCUGAUUAUUAACCUGUAUAAUUUUUUCUGUAAACUCACUUUAGCCAUCUAGUCACAAAAAGUCACACAAAGAAUUGAGUUUCUAAAUGAAACAAAUGCUCAGGUUUGAAAACUAACUUUAACCAGAUAUAAAUCCUGGCUUAUCAUAACAGUAUGGUUUCAAAGUUUUCUUGAUGCUCUAAAGAAAAGCUUUACUGUAAAGAGGGUUUUUGUUUAAAACACGUUCACAAUUGGGCUUCCUGCACCUACAGUAAUACCAAAAUACUUCUCUUUCAUAAUAAAUUACCCGUUUGUAGCCUCA